AUGUUCUCCAGGCUGCUGCAGCGCUCCCGAGCUCCUACGAGCGCGAGCACGUCAUGCUUGUUCCAAGCAGGUCAAGACCAAGUGCGCGGUGCUGCCACGCUGAAGACACUCUCCGUGCGCAUGAGAGCCAUCAAGAACAUGCAGAAAAUUACGAAGGCCAUGAAAAUGGUGGCAACGGCCAAGUUCAAAAAGGACAUGAGGACUAUGGAGAACAGCCUGCCCUUUGCUAAUCCUGUGCUGAAUCUCUUCCAGCGCCUGCCCGUCGAGGAGAAGGCGGGCGGCGUCACCUACGUGGCGGUGACCUCGGACAAGGGCCUCUGUGGAGGCGUGAACACGGCAGUGGCCAAACAGGUUCGACUGGGCGUGACUGCUGAGGAGGCCAAGGGCAACGUGUCGAAGAUCGUGGUCGUCGGCGGUAAGGGCGUCGCGGCGCUGAAGCGCCUCUAUGGAGACCGCUUCAGCACCACCUUCGAGGAGUGCUCCAAAGUGCCCUUCACCUUUGCCGCCGCCUCCGUGAUCGCUGAGCGGCUCGCGGCCAGCAAGCCCGCGCGGUGCAAGGUGGUUAGCAACGAGUUCAAGAGCAUGGUCUCCUACGACACCGUCGCCAAGCACACCUAUACGAUCGAUGAGGCCACCAGCAUGGACCGGGGGGAAUGGACCAAAGCAAUGGACGUCUAUUCCUUUGAGCCCUCCAUCUAUGAAGUCUGGCAGGACUUGCAUGAGUUCUACUAUGGCUGCGUGAUCUACGGCUCGGUGAUCCAGAGCACGACCACGGAGACGGCCCAGCGCAUGAACGCCAUGGAGAACGCCUCCAAGAACGCCGGGGAGAUGUACGGCAAGGUUGAGCUACAGUACAACAGGGCCCGGCAAGCGAAGAUCACCACCGAGCUCUGUGAAAUCAUCUCUGGCGCCUCCGCUGUCUGA